AUGGAAAGAAAUGCAGUAUCGCACAGUACAACACCGACAUCUGCACGCAGUCCUCGAAGACUAGUGGAUAGAAUCUUCCGAAGAAGGAUUGAUUCGAGAAUCACUUCAUACUUCCCUGUUCGCAAGCGUUAUCUUGAAGAUUUCUCUGGCGUGCAUGGGAAACGGAUGCGGAGAGGUGUGAUGAUUUCUGACGUUGGUUUUGCCUCACCGAACACCACAUGUAAUGGAACGACACCUCUUCAUUUCCGUAAUUUAAGCAUUGAAGAAGAAGAACCCGAGUAUGCUGUGAAUCUAAGAAGUGCAAGUACUGACUCUGGGCUUUCUGUACGCGCUUUAACUGCGCUGGGCACAUUUGAAGAGCUGCCUCAUACUUUAUUUUUUCCCCUAUUUGACAGUCUUGAUGCUUCCUGUUUGAGUUCGUUUUGUAUGACUUCAUCUGCCUGGACAAGUUAUUUGCUCAAUUAUAUUCGUUCUAAUUCUUUCCUUCAACGUGUACAACGCGAAAGCAAAGCUUUUUCUGUAAGCGAAGGAGGUUGUAAGAAAAACUUUUUUACCAGGCAGGAUCCAUUUUAUCUUUAUGGAAUCCUUUUAAAAUCUGUGUCUGUCUGUCUUUCCACUGCGAGACGAGUUGCAAUAUUGAUGUCGUUCUGCCAGAAUGCUGUCGAAUACGGAAUUGACCGUUUUGGAGUUGGGCGGGUAAUUCAUACGAUGUGCUCAAAGUGGGCUUUUUCCGAAUGUGCUAAAGUUUUCGAAUCACUGCUUAAUAUUAAUAAAGGACGACUUAGAAACAUUUUGAAGAAGUUAGAAAAAAGCUCACCAGGAUCGCUGCCAUUGAUAGAGAUGGAGUUUCGUAAGGCUGCCCUUCCUUUGCUCCUGUCAGGCAUUGAUGCAAAAUAUGAGGGGAGCGAAGUCGAAUAUGCUUUUUGGUUGUCGGAAGUAAUGCGGUGCUGCACCAGAUGUCCCGCUGUUCAGAGCAAAUUAUUGAUGAUCUUGUUUGGCCCCACCACGACGGAUUCCGGACAGACACUGAUUGACUGGCGACUUUUCUGUGAUCGCACAAUUACAACACAAAAUCAUGCAGAAGAGUUAUUGAAGCCCCUGUCCGAAGCUCUGCACGUGUUGAUGAUGACAAAGCAGCUUGAUAUUCAUCAACCAUGGAGUCAACAUGAUGUUUUCAACGUGAUAGAAGAGCUCACCACAACACCUGAGCCAUGGUCCUUCGAGAACUUUGUCUCAUUGCUGCUCUUCCGCCCUGCUCUCAUUCCAGUUUCCCUGACCGCUCGAAUGCAGCACAACUACACAGAUGAGGCCUGCCUUAUGUUCAAUGCCUUCGCCACUAUGUCGCAGCGAUGGAACAUGGAUGUUUGUCAAAUUAUUCGGCAGCCGAUAAUGCAGACUAUGGCAACUCUUGCAAGAGAGCAUGGAAGAAUAUUUUACAAUCAUAUUUGUGAAACUUACGCACAGCAACUGAAACAAUUAUCUCAGCGUGGUCAAGACGCAGCUGAGGAUCUCUCAAUCUUAAUGGCUUCACAUGCAGCUGUCACUCCGCUUCUGCAACUGAUGUCGCAAUCUUUGUGGUAG